AUGCAUUUGCCCCCUACUGGUGAAAAAUUACCUACUGAAAAGAAAAUUAGACCUGACAGUGCUCCUGGUAUUAGACAUGCUCUGAUAUUAGACAAGUUUAAGAGUGGCUCACGUGUGGUGGCUAUAGCAAGAGCCUAUGACCUUAAUGAGGCAUCAGUUAAUACAAUUGAAAAGAAUGAGGUAAAUAUACAGGUGUACAGUACUACAUAUCACGGUCAUUCUACAGGGUCAUUGCUGUUCGAGGUUUACAACCGGCAGUUCCUGAUCUUCGUGAGCCUGGUGUGGGUGGCAGUGUCAGUGACGAUGCUGCCGUUCACAGUACCGACUGCCCUCUGGUGGACUUUCCUCACUACCGCUGCCCUUGGCCUCGGUCUGGGCUUCCUCUUCACAGGUGGUAAUGUUCUGUGUCUGGACCUCUGGGGUCGGCAGGGUGGAGCGUCACUUCAAGCUCUGCACUUCAGUUUUGCCGUUGGAGCUUUUGUGGUUCCUCUGGUCAUCCAGCCUCUCUUUGUUGGAUUGCAACCCAUGGUGCUGCGUGACAACCAGUCGGAUGCCCAGGAUCUCGCCACCGACACGACAGAUGUGCUGGGGCUCACCCGGGGGCCUUCCAGGGGUGGAACCCACAGACAACACCCACUCAACUCUUCAUUUUUUGAUCUCGAAUCACUCUCCAGGGACGACAUAAUACGCCUGACGUUACCUCAGACAAAUGCAACCAAUGGGAGCUUUGUCGAUACCACUGCAAAUGCAACGUGGUUGGGCACGUCCGUUAGUUACGAUGGCGAGACUCCGUCACCCCCAGGGACGAUACCCGCCAUCUCGGCAACUGUCGCUGCCCCAAACAUUUCCUCGACUGUGAAGACGCCAAAAAUGAAGCCCAGUUACACAGACGCUAACCGCCUUGAACCUGACUCUGUCAAGGUGUGGAAGAAGCCGGCCGGAGCUGCAGCUGGAGCCACAGCCAUCGACACUAAACCCAAACUGAACAGUCCAAUUGUGGAGGAGAAGAAAGACUCAGGCGGAGUGGCAAGCACUCCUGUACCUGAUGUUAGUUCUCUUACAACACUAGCAGGGCAAGCAGCAGAGGUGUCGAUGCCAGUACUCAACACUCAGCAAGUGACCGGUGGAAUGCCAGACAACCACACACACACUUCCUCAGUGACCUCAGCAAGCAGUGCUUCACACCAGGUGGAUCACAGUGCCUCAGACACUACGGCUGUGGAUGGUAGUAGUGCCGCUGUCACUGCAACUGUGGAUGGUAGCAGUGCUACAGUGAAAGUUCAUUCAUUGACCACUCCUGUCACUUCCAUACAGCAGACUGCAUCAAGUAUCUCCUUAAUUACAACUGACAUCAGGCCCCUAGCUACCACUGCUACCACCAUUCACCCGUCUACCACCACUUACACCACUACCACCACCACCACUGCCCCUUCUACAACCACCACUACCACUACUGUUGCCCCUUCUACUACCACCAGUACCACCACCAAGCUGCUGUUGACCAUCACCAGUCUCCCAUCUACAGCGACCACCUCCAAGUUCCAACUUAUUAUGUAUUGGUAUUUUCAUCAUCUUAAUGCCCUAAUUUCUGUGGUAAUACUGUGUCACAACCCCAGAGAAACUCGAUCAAAACAAGAUGACGGUAACUUGAACAAAAUGCAAAAAGGCCGAAUCGUUUUGUUCACCAUUGUGUUUUCCGUGUUCAUGUUCAUGGCCGAGGCAUUGCAAGGGGCCGUUCAUCACUUGCUGGCAUCCUCAGCCACUGGUGCGGGUCUUGAUGUCGUCCAAGAAUCGAAAAUUGAUGGCCAGGUGCUUUUCUGGGGGCUGGUUUGCCUCGUUCGAUUUCUUUGCAUAUUAGUAUCAGGUUGCUUGCACCUGAAGCCCGGCAAACUCCUCGUCAUCUCUGUUCUUUUGUCGUUUAUCGGGUCAGUAUUCUUAUCGAUUGGCUCCUUCGGAAAGGAAGAUUUCCUGUGGGGCGGCAUUGUAUUUUUGGCAAUUGGUUUGGCGCCUGUUUUGCCAACGAGUUUACUGUGGAUGGCCCAGUACAUGCGAGUGACGCACCGCAUGUGUGCUCUCAUGAUUGUCUUAGCUUCAUUUGGUAACUCUCUGACGCAUUCCCUGCUGACGAGGGUGGCAGGGAAUUCUCACGCUUACUCUUACAUCCUCGUCACCAUCAGCUUCGUCUCUCUUUUCUUCCUCUUCUUGUCAAUGUGCGUUUUGUACACAGCCCAGCGCAGCAAAACCCUAGGUGUCCCUGUAGGUUAUCAGCUGGCCAGUCAACACGAGGAAGAGGACAGCAUCGAACUGACACCCUCUGGAAGUGCAGUAUUCACCCCCAACGACUCCAGAGCUCGGGAAAAUGGGGAGGCCGGCCAGUCGCUUCUAAUAGACUAACAUUAUUGAUAGUAAUAGCUGCACUCUAUGUUGUGUAAUAAUAAUAAUUAAAAUGAUAACCGAGAGAAGAGCGUAUAUUACUGAAUCUAGUCGUUAUUUUCAUAUAUAAUUUUUUUAAAUUUAUAGUAGUUAGCGUUUCAAAAUUCUUACCCAGACUUCGUACCGCAAAAACGAAAUGUUUCACAGGGAAACCCGACAGAUAAUAUUGUACAGUAUAUUUAAGACUUUAGCUAUAAGAAAUAUUACCUGAUAAGUUACCGAGGAAGAUGUAUUAAUUCCGGACUUAUAAUUAUGGUUUUCAGCUUACCAGUGAAGUUAUAAUGCUGCUGUGUUAGCUGAGGGUGAGUUAUUAUUUUGGCAUUUUGAGCUGAGGGAUGAGUUACGUAUAUGUGGUUUUUACUCACAAGUGAACAAUAAUUCCCAUAAUACAAUUAUUCCCAUAAUACAAUUCACAACCCACAGUUCUGUGGCUAGAACAAUCCACAGCUAACUCACAAUACUGUGGUUGUAACAGUUCACAAUUAACCCCUCAGUACAAUGGUUGUAACAAUUCACAACUAACCCACAGUACCAUGGUGGUAACAAUUCACAACUAACCCACAGUACCAUAGGUGUAACAAUUCACAACUAACCCACAAUACUAUGACUGCAGCAGUUCACAACUAACUUGCACUUAAGAUAGGAAUCUUAUGAGGACCCUAGUCCAUCCUGGACCAGAAGAGACGGCAGGAGGAUUUGAUUAAUUGUCAAGCCACAAGUGAGUGAGAAGGAAAUAGAGACUAUCCGAAGACAAGUCAAGAAGAGUCGAUACCUAUCCUGCGGCCCGCGGAAUACGCCCUGGACCAGUGCUUCUCGGAGUGGUGAUCCAUGAGUUACUGUUAGUCCAUAGUAAGUUGCCAGGAGUGUAAGCAAGCAAUGUUCUUACAAGCAGAAUGUUAAUGUGCCAUAGUGCCUCAGUGUGUGCAUUCCGAGUGGAUUCACUAUAAUCGUAAUCAUCGUUGCAAUAUAAACAAGUGAGCUAGUUAACAUGCAACCACAGUAUGAUCCUGGUGGGUAGAGUGCUUAGUUGUGAUUGUAAUAAUAACGAGAGCAAAGGUCCCAGGCAACACAUGGGACUAACACCUCAUAGAUACACAGUCUCAAGGAUGCUGGCUUCACUUUACAUUAAUUCACCACUCCAGUAAAAUAGAGUAUUCAGAGAUUGUAUUGACAUGUUUGACAAUUUCGCAUCAACCAUCAUUGAUGCUCGUGAUGAGUUUGAUAGCACAACGCAAUGACUAAUCACUGGUAAACAUCUGGUGAAUUUAGUGGAGCAUUUCCAGUUCAUCGUCCCUGUAGGAGACCGACGCAAAGUAAACAAACAGAUGGGGAAGUUCAUUCAUCUCACCAGAGAAGGAUUUGACCAUCAGUGCAGUGGACAUGUAGGAUUUAUCCACUAAGGAAGGCUUGAAGGUGAGUAUCCAGCCCUUGAUUUGACAGGUCUUGUGUUGGAUCACAGUGAGAGUGGACUAGCCUCAACCUGCUAAAAUCAUUCUGAAAACUGUUCUUUCAUUUCUUCAGCCAUGUCUGUGAGGCUGUUACCCUGACCAUAUCUGUGAGACUGUUACUCUGAUCAUGUCUGUGAGGCACUUACCCUGACAUGUCUGUGAGGCUGUUACUUCAACUAUGUCUGUGAGACUUACUCUGAUCACGUCUGUGAGGCACUUACCCUGACAUGUCUGUGAGGCUGUUACUUCAACUAUGUCUGUGAGACUGUUACUCUGAUCACGUCUGUGAGGCACUUACCCUGACAUGUCUGUGAGGCUGUUACUUCAACUAUGUCUGUGAGGCUAUUACUUCAACUAUGUCUGUGAGGCUGUUACUUCAACUAUGUCUGUGAGGCUGUUACCUCAUCCAUGGUGCCAUUUAAAACACUACAGGAAAUGUGGAUAUUCGCUGCCAUAACACAUGUCCAUCAUCAAUCAAGCUGCAGCUUCAGCUGAUAAACACUAAGCUGGCUCAAUGUUUCCCAUCAGUUAAGCUUUGCUGCUGAGAACCUUAUUGAAAAAAUAACUUUUUUUCUUGAACUGAAUGCAAAUCUUGCUUUUUUUAUUUUCAAUAAAAAUGUAUAAUUUUC